AUGUCUCUCAAAACUAGCUACAAACUUCCAGAAAUCCGCAUUAACAGCCAUGGCGAGUCCUGCAUGUUACAUGGAGGAAUGCCAUCCCUUCCCUUUCAGGUACUGUUUCUAGAACUGAGGAAACUAGAAAACCUUUCCGAGGACAAUGUUUUCGAAGUUGAAUGGUUGAUAAAGCUAAUAGGGGAUCUUAUAGAGGCUGUUUUCGUUUGGAUUUCAAAUAACAAAGAGUUCUGGGAUACUAAUGUGGAUAUGACCGAAGAUCAUCCUCUCGCUUUCAAACAGUUUGUUUUGGAUGUGCAAUUUCUUGUGGAAAUCACGAAGUACGGAGGGUACUUCUCCAACAAUCCUUUUUUUCUCAUGAAUCUCAUGAAAUCAGCCUUUUUUUCAGCUGGACUAAAUCCUAGAAGAGAUGUCAACGACGAUGCAUGGGCUAUAGAUGCUGCUGCUGAAACAAUCCAAAAGUUGUUGGAGAUUGAGAAGGAACAAGAGCAUGUCAGUGUAGAAGAAGCAGAGGAACAACCCAAUAAUGUGGCCGACUCUUUUCAGGAGGAUGCUAGAAGCUGUCUAGAGGGUUCUGCGAAAUCAGAGGAGCAUGAAGUAGCCUCAUAUGACACAGAAGUUUCCAUUAAUGCUGAAUCAGCGUCUUUGAAUAGAUCUCACUCUUUUGAGGAAGAUGUUACAAGUUCUUUAGAGGAGGAUUAUGUGAAACUAGAGGAGGGUGCAAUAGCCUCAUAUGAUCAACAAGUUGACUUCAAUGCUGAAACAACCUCGUCACUGGAAGCUGAACCGAGUGAAUCAAAGUAUGCUACUGACAAUUCUGAGAAUGAUGCUGCAAAUCCUUCAGAAGAUCAUAUGCAAUUAGAGGAGGACAUGACAACCAUAUACAAUCCACAAUUUAAUGCAGAAACAGUAUCACCGAGUACAGAAUCUUGUGCUCUUGGAUUAUCUGCCAAUUUUUCAGAUGUGGAUGGAAAUUACAGUGACGGAACUGCCACAAUUGUGACUGAUACCUCCUUAGAGUCUCCAAAUACUGGUCUGGGAAGUGAAUCCAACAAGCCAGUUGAUGUGUUAGAGACCAUUGAAGAAACAAAUGAAUCAACAGUAGUGUUGCCUAUGCAUAACAUGGAUGAGGCCUCCAAGAUGAAGGUCCCUGAUGAGGAGGGAACUCGCAUUCAGUCUGAACCCUCCGAGCAGGUAUUGAACAAUCUAUAAGAUGGAGCGACGGUUGAGUUGUCAAAGCCUGGAGAUACUCCUGACUUCCUGAGGAAAACUUGGUUACACUGCCAUACCAAUACACAACAGAAAGAGGACUGAUGCAGUUCUUAUGGUAUGCUGUGACACUGUACAACCUGUAGAAUUCAGUAAUUGUGGUUGUAACCAUUUGUCAGAUGAUAGUGACUUCUAAAAUUU